AACUGCUAACUCCAGUUAUCUAACCUCAGGUUACUCCAUCCUCAAUAAGCAAUAUUGACAUAUCCUUUUCUGCAAGUUAUCGACAAUACUAUGGCUCAUUUGCUCGGAGGAUUAGCUACUCCUCUUCUCUGCAAACCCAUUAAUGCUUCUUCCUUCAACAACAAUUACACUUCCGCUUCCGCUUCCUCUCUCCACGCGCUUGAUUCUCUGUACAUCAAACGCGCUGCCGAGCUAGCUGACAAAUCGGCCGGAUUCACCGCUCCUCAUCCUAACUUCGGCUGCGUAAUCGCCCAUCCCAAUAAUGGUGGAGGUACGGUGGUCGGAGAAGGUUACUUGUACGCCGAAGGGACAAUUCCGGCGGAGGUGCAGGCUGUGGAAGCCGCCGGCGAGCGGUGUCGAGGUGCCACUGCUUAUCUCAAUAUGGAACCUGGAGACUGUCACAGCAAUAGCAGUGCUGUCUCUGCCCUGAUCAAGGCAGGAAUUAGUAGAGUUGUUAUUGGAAUACGGAAUCCGUUGCAACACCUUCGCGGCAAUGCCAUUCACGCGUUGAGAAGUGAAGGCCUUCAAGUUGAUGUGCUUGGGGAAGAUACACAGAAUAAGAUUAUUGAGGAGGCUGUGAAAUCCUGCCUUUUUGUCAAUGCUCCUUUGCUAUAUAGAGCUGCGUGUCAAGUUCCGUUCUCUGUUCUCAAGUAUGCAAUGACACUUGAUGGGAAAAUUUCUACUAGUAGUGGUCAUGCAUCUUGGAUCAGUAGCAAAAAGUCAAGAACUCGUGUUUUUGAAAUGAGGGGUAGAAGUGAUGCUGUUAUUGUUGGAGGAAAUACUGUGCGCAAAGACAAUCCACGUUUGACGGUUAGACAUGGUGGUAGCCAUCUUCCCCGGCGUAUUGUAUUAUCUCAAACUCUUGAUCUUCCAGAAGAUGCACAUAUUUGGAAUGUUUCUGAGGUCCCCACUAUAGUUGCUACACAAAGAGGUGCAAGGAGGAGUUUCCAGAGAUUGCUUGCAUCCAAAGGCGUUGAAGUGGUUGAAUUUGAUAUUUUAGAUCCUAGAGAUGUUAUGGGGUAUUUAUAUGAUCGUGGUUACCUCUCAAUUCUGUGGGAGUGUGGAGGGACACUGGCUGCAUCUGCUAUUUCUUCUGGGGUCAUACACAAGGUACAUGCAUUUGUUGCUCCCAAAAUUAUAGGUGGGAAGAAUGCACCGUCUCCAGUUGGUGAACUUGGAAUGGUAGAGAUGACCCAGGCUCUGGAACUAAUUGAUGUUUGCUAUGAGCAGAUUGGACCCGACAUACUUGUUAGUGGGUUUCUUCAGCCAGUUCCUGAUCUGACACCUACUAUUCCAUCGGUAGAAGAAACUUCGGCCAUUGAUCCUACCAUUUCUCCUUAUGAAUCAAGCAUCAUAUUCUUUUACAAGACAUGGGAUCCAUAUGGUGGCUUCUCAAACUUCUCUCUCCAUCCAUUUCAAAUGCCUAAUGAAAAUGGAGAACUUGUCACCUGGUCCAGUGUAGAGCAUUAUUACCAGGCACAAAAGUUUGUUGGGGCAUCUGAUCCGGUAGCUAAAAGCUGCAUGGAAGAAAUACAAUGUGCAAAGAGCCCUGAGGAAGCAGCACGAAUAGGAAGGAGAAUACAGAGGCAGCAACCUAAUCUGGUAAGACCAGACUGGGAAUCUGUCAAGAUUGAUGCCAUGUAUAAGGCCUUAAAAUGCAAGUUCACGACAUACCCCUAUUUAAACUCUUUGUUGCUCUCAACUGCGGGCUCUGUUCUUGUGGAGGGUUCACCACAUGAUCUCUUCUGGGGAGGAGGUCGAGAUGGAGAAGGCCUAAACUAUCUUGGAAGGUUGCUGAUGAAGUUGAGAUCAGAGUUCCUAGGUGACUCUUCAACAAGUCAAAAUUCUUUGUUUCAUCAAACAUCAGAAAAUAAAUAGUUGUGAAAUUUCCAUCCUAACAAUGUUAGGCUAAUGUUGAGAAAACUGAUCCUUCUGAUCAUCACUUAUUUAUGUACUUCUUAUGUAUCCUUAUUGUUCCAUUGUUGCACAUAGAGAAAGCUCCUACUGUUGGUCCUAUUCGUGUGUAAUAAAUCCUAUUUUGGUUCUCGUGGAAUAUUAGCUAAUUUUUACUGAA